AUGAAUGAACCGUACGUGUCAUGUGACGAAUGACGAGAGAUCUGUUUAGGGUUCCAUUAGAGAAUACCAUCCCAAGAUCCAAGAUGGAGGCACGCAAUCAUGCAGAGUUAUAUUUAGUUGUGCUUCGGCCAUGGUGCCUGAGAAACAAUGGCGUGACAAGGGGGAUAUGAUGGACAAGCGGACGGCACGCAAGGUCCACGGCGCGGAUUUCCGAGCAGUGAUCUCACAGUUGCGACGCGACUUGGCCAGUCCAAAGAACCAAGAACAUUCCGACGACGACGGACCAGAAUCAUCUUCCGAAUUGGGUGGCAUGCAAGUGUUCAUCCGCAAGCGGCCGAUGCUCGCCCACGAGCCGAAAAAAAAGGAGUACGACGUCGUCUCGUGUGCCGGGAACCGUACGAUUGUCGUGCACGACUGUCAAAUGUAUGCGGACAUGAAGCGCAAGUUCAUCGACAGCCACGUCCACACGUUCUCAAAGGUCUUUUCAGAAACGGCGACCACGGACGACGUGUUUGAUCACGUGGCGAAGCCCCUCGUGGGCCAUGCCAUCGCCGGCGGCAAGUCUGUCAUCAUGAUGUAUGGACAGACCGGGUCGGGCAAAACGCACACCAUGUCGGGAUUGCACGAGCACAUGGCAGACAUGCUCUUUCCAACCAACAACAAAGCAACGUCCAGUCAAAUCGUGGUGGUGACCGCCGUGGAGAUUGCAGGCGCGAAAUGUGUUGAUCUGCUGCGUCGGCGGCAAAAGGUGCUCGUGUGCGACGACGAAGCAGGCAACAGCCGGCUCUUGAACGUCGUGGAGCGGGACGUGUCUUCCGCGGCAGCGCUGCUGUCGACGAUCCAAGAUGCUCUGGACAUGCGCGCCACCGAAGCCACGGCGGUGAAUGCCGUGUCGUCUCGGUCGCAUUUCCUCUGCUCCAUCACGAUCAAGGACGCCGCCAGCAGCAGUAGUAGCCACAGUCGGUCGUCGUUGAAACAACCGCCGCGACCGUCGGGGGGCGUGCUCACCCUGCUGGACCUCGCAGGCAGCGAGCGCAACGAAGAUUCGUUCCACCACUCGGCCGACCGACGUCGAGAGACCAUUGAAAUCAAUUCAAGCCACCUCGCCCUCAAGCAGUGCGUGCGGGCGCUUGGCACGGAGGACGCCAACGGGUUCGUGCCGUAUCGGCAGUCCAUCUUGACGCAACUGCUCAAACACUCGCUGUGGGCCAAAGGCUCCCGCGCUGCAGUCAUUGCCACCGUCUCCCCCAUCGCCACCGGUACGUACGUACGCUAACGUUAACAACGUGUUCUAUUGUCCUUGAACCGAUAAUUUGGAUUUGUGUGUGCUGAUGGAAUACUGUACUUGUACUAGUAUGUAAAACGGUGUGCUGUGGGGAUGGCAAUCACACUAAUCGAAGUUACACACUAAUUGGAGGUUGAAGAUGGUUUCCUGCAAUCUGUUUGCCGAUUCUUGUAUACCGAGCACACAUUGCAUACGUUGCAAUACGCGGCCAUGAUGUUGUCGGACGACAAGGGACUCAUUCGCAAAGACAAAGUCGAAGUGCCCACGGCGUCGGAAGAAUCCAAAGCCAAGGCCAUCAAGGACUGGGACGUGGAAGAGGUAGCGAUGUGGUGGUCAGCGUUGAAGCGCGGAUUGUACGCGAAAUACACGGCGAAUGUCAAGUCGAUUGACGGCAAGCAGCUGCUUCGUCUGGGGCUGCCACGCGUGAUUCAGCUGUGCAACAACAACGCGAUCGACGGAGACGCCGUGUUCAAGUGCUUGCAAAAGGAAAAAGCCACCGACGACAGGGCCGACAAGGAACGGCGCGCGCGCAACACUGCUGUCCGCAAAAACAAAUAGCACCCAAACUUCCAACCAAUAUUGAUCUUUUUCGGGCUCGAAUGUAAUCUCUUGUAAACUUAUUGUUUGACAGAAAAUACACCGAGCUACU